GAAAGCAGACAGCAUCCCUCACGACACUUCUCUGACUUUCCAGGACCGAAACCAGCCAGAAGUGACGGAUAAAUAUUUCCACGAUGUGCCUUUUGACGCCCACUUUGCUUCCGAGCUGUCUGAGUUCCACUCGGUGAGCAGCAUGCCUGGAGUUGAUGGAUUUACUCUCAAGGUGGAUGCUCUCUACAAGGUGGAAGCUGGGCACCAGUGGUACCUCCAAGUGAUCUACGUGAUCGGCCCGGAGGGCACGGCCGGGCCCCGUGUCCAGCGCUCCCUGGGGCGGCGCUGGCAGCGCGGCCGCCGCGACCUGUCCGGGGGGGCCGGGAGGCCGGCGCUGGAUGACUCCCUCAUCUACGACAACGAGGGCGACCAGCUGAAGAACGGCACCAACAUGAAGUCGCUGCUCUUGGAGAGGGAAGAAGCUGCCGUCGCAGCCUCCUUGUCCCAAGCGGGCGCUUCCCUGGGCAGCGCCUUCGCCGCCCUCACCCUGCUGCUGCUGGUGCUGUCCGGAAUUUGCCUCGUCGGCAGGAAGUGCCGGCGGCUGCGGAGGAAGCGGGAGGCGGCCAGGGCCGCUCCCGAGGAGCUCCCCUUGAACACCAAGGUGGAGCUGCCCCGGGGAGCCCCGAAGGCGGCGGGCGGCCGCUGCUGCACCGUCAGGAACCUUCAUCCACCGAGGGACGGCGGCGGCCUCUGCCAGGGCCAGGGCAGGAAAGUGAAGCAGGUGAACUUGGAAGUCAAAGUCCACAGCAAUUUGCACGACGGCACGGAAGUUUAAUGGAGCACACGCAGUGGGAAAAGCUUUUUAUAAACUGUAAAAUAAAGAUAAUCCAAAACUGAAAA